UAUUCCGUAUUGUUGAAGUCAAUUACAUUCGAGGUUAACCUGUCCGUUUCUCUCGUACUCUGUUCUUGUGUCAAAAUAAUUGGUGGACUGUCACAGGAAGACAUUGGACAAAUGUAAAAAUUAUUUUAUCCAGGAGAAAUCGUUUGGAAACGUUUCUCUACUUUUUUUAAUUUUACAUGAGUCUUUUGAGAGAUUCAAACGCAGAGUCAUCAGAAUGCUUGAAGUUCCUCGGCUCACUCGAGCUUUAAGAGCAUUCACCGAUCUUGGUCGUAAAAAGCAAUCCAAUGGCUAUACAACAGAUUUGACUUAUAAAAAACAAGAGCAAGCUGCCAAUUUGACACGGCAACUCAGCUGGAAAGAAUUCUGCAAAAAGUUACCAAAAAAUGUAGGGCCUCUUCUUACACAAGUUCAUGCCACUAUAGCAAAGUAUUGCGAAGGUGAGUUGCCGUCGUUUGUGGAUUACAUAGCAAUAUCCGUUGUGCAAAUUUUGAUACAAGAAAAGUAUAUCAGUCAGAAAACCCUCAAAACUUUGGAAACCAUGAUGAUUGGUGUGACACAAAAGAUUAUACAAGAGCUGCACAAGACAGUGAACGAUAUCAAGGACCAUUUGACAGAUGAGAGCAUCGAAUUUAUUGUGAAUUUUGAUCGAGAAGCUCCGGAUAAGAAUGACUCAGAAUCAACCUGCUUUGGAGAGAACAUCGAAUACAAACAAGCGACAUUCGUGUGGCCAGACACGGGAUUUCUACAUGAUAUGUGUCAUCUGGAUGCUCCAAAACCAGCUGACGAUUUUACAAUGUUGUAUGAAAAAAUUGGGAAAGCAAGCAACGAAAGCAUGUUCAACAAAAACGACUUCAUCGAAGGUCUCCGGGAAUGUUACCUCAAGUACUCAAUAGACAUGGUGUAUACACAAUUUGUAAAUACGCUGGAGGAUAAAUUGAAGAAUGCAGAUAAUCUUGAAAACGAAUUAUUCGAUCUUUUGGGAUUUGAAAAUAUACAAUUUGUGGAAUAUUUGAUCAGGCAUCGUCGAAGCAUAAGUUCGGUACUGUCUGUGCAAAAAUCGCAUCGAGCUAUGCCAGCCAAAAUUUCGGAGCAGCCUGGAUAUGGAUGUCAAGUGACCGUGCAGUCGGCGAAAGAAGUACAACUGAUGAAGCAGUAUCGAAAGGAAGAAAAAAAAAUGAUGAAAGCCUCGAAUAAACACGCAGGAAACGGUGACAUUUCGGAUGAGGAUAUUGAUCCGAUUAUGCUGCGCAUAAAGAGACAAGAAGUUCUUUUGGCCCAAAAGGCUCCGAUUUUUUCUUCAUCAAAAAGAAUAGGCACCAGCAGCGCGCGAGACUAUUACCCGUUCGUCUUUGACUCUAAGCUUACAACAAAAAACACUGCCGGCACAGUGGCGGGUAAAAAUAUUAUGUUGCCUGAAGAUGUUACGAGGAAAGAUUCGCAGCUUUGCGAAGAAGUUCACAUUCCAAUCGCGGAAGCUGAUCCUCUCGAAAUCGGAAAUGAACCUGUUCUAAUAUCAACUCUUGAUGAGAUUGGACAAAUGGCUUUUAGCGGUGUGAAGGCACUAAACCGGAUACAAAGUAUCGUAUUUGAUGCGGCGUAUCAUAGUAACGAGAAUCUUUUGAUAUGCGCACCAACAGGAGCAGGAAAAACGAACGUCGCACUGUUAACUGUGGUACAUCAGUUAAAACUAAACAUGGAGAAUGGAAUACUGAAGAAAGAUCAAUUAAAAAUAAUCUACAUAGCUCCGAUGAAGGCUCUGGCGGCUGAAAUGACUUCGAAUUUCAACAAGAAGCUCGGCUGCCUGGGAGUUACAGUUCGUGAAUAUACUGGGGACAUGCAAUUGACGAAAACUGAGAUACAACAGACACAGAUGAUCGUAACGACACCGGAAAAGUGGGACGUCGUUACGAGGAAAGGCUCGGGCGACAUAGCUUUAACGAAUAUCGUUAAAUUGCUGAUCAUAGAUGAAGUACAUCUGUUACAUGGUGAUCGAGGUCCUGUGGUCGAAGCUCUCGUAGCCCGUACUUUACGACAAGUCGAGUCGUCGCAACGAAUGAUAAGAAUCGUUGGGCUUUCCGCCACUUUGCCAAAUUACGUCGAUGUUGCUAGAUUUCUUAGAGUUAAUCCUUACAAAGGGCUUUUCUACUUCGAUCAUCGCUUUCGCCCGGUUCCUCUCAGUCAAACGUUCAUUGGCGUAAAAGCGAUAAAACAAUCACAACAAAUGCAUGACAUGGAUCUCGUUUGUUACAAUCAAGUAGUCGAUAUGGUACGAAAGGGACAUCAAGUUAUGGUUUUUGUACACGCUCGAAAUGCCACCAUUCGUACUGCAAAUGCACUAAAAGACAUCGCCGGUCAGAAUGAUACGCUAAAGUUAUUCCGAACCGAAGGCCCCUCCAAAGGCUUGGCACAAAAAGCUCUUGGCAAUUCACGGAACAAAUAUCUCGGGCAGUUGUUUCAAUAUGGGUUCUCCGUGCAUCAUGCGGGAAUGCUCAGAACUGACAGAAACAUGGUGGAAAAGUAUUUUUCACAAGGUCUCAUCAAAGUUUUAGUCUGUACUUCGACCCUCGCAUGGGGAGUUAAUUUACCGGCUCAUGCAGUUAUUAUUCGCGGAACCGAGAUUUACGAUGCCAAGCACGGAACUUUCGUUGAUCUUGGAAUACUGGAUGUUUUACAAAUUUUUGGACGUGCCGGUAGACCACAGUUCGAUACUUCCGGUCACGCAGUAAUAAUAACAGCGCACGCAAAAUUAUCGCAUUACUUGUCACUGUUGACGAAUCAGUUUCCUAUCGAGAGCAGUUUCAUUAUUUAUUUGGCGGACAAUUUGAACGCUGAAAUCGCUCUAGGCACGAUAUCCAAUGUGGAAGAAGCCGUUGAGUGGCUCAGCUACACGUAUUUGUUUGUUAGAAUGAAACUCAAUCAUGUCGCAUACGGUAUACCGUAUCAGACCAUCAUUGAUGAUCCAAAUUUGGACCGUAAAAGACGAGAGCUGAUUGACAGCGCCGCGAAGGCUCUGGACAAGGCGAGAAUGAUUCGUUAUCAUCCUAGAACCGGAGAUCUCAGUUCUACAGAUCUCGGGAGAACUGCCAGUCAUUAUUACCUCAAGUACGAUACGGUUGAGAUAUUCAACGAUCUUGCCAAACCGAUUAUGAACGAAGCCGAUAUUCUCGGUAUGAUAUCACGCUCACAAGAGUUCGAGCAGCUGAAGGUACGGGACGAUGAAAUGACAGAACUAGACAAUUUAUCGGCGGACUAUUGCGAAGUGAUACCACAAGGAGGAACCGAGAAUGUUCAUGGCAAAGUGAACAUUCUCAUACAGACUUACCUCUCGCAAGGACGCGUCAGUUCGUUCUCGUUGUUAUCGGAUCAAGCGUAUAUAACGCAGAAUGCAAUGAGAAUUUGUCGAGCUUUGUUUGAAGUAAUGCUGCGUAAAAACAACGCUAUAAUGGCUGGACGCUUGCUCAACAUGGCGAAAAUGCUCGAAUCUCAACAAUGGGAUAAUAUGAGUCCGAUGAGACAAUUUCGCUGUUUGGGACAAGAUAUUAUUGACAAAAUCGAGGAACGUAAUCUGACUGUUGAUCGGUUGCGCGAAAUGGACGUCUCGGAAAUUGGUAUGUUUUUACGCAACCACAAAACGGCUGCGCUCAUAAAGAAAUGCUGCGAAGAAUUUCCGGGUUUGGAAAUGGAAUCGAGUCUUCAGCCGAUCACACGAACCGUCUUACGUAUUCGUCUAAAAGUUUACGCUAAUUUCACGUGGAAUGAUCGUGUACACGGGAAAAGUUCUGAAGCGUUUUGGAUUUGGAUCGAGGAUGCGGAGAACAAUUUUAUCUAUCAUCACGAAUAUUUCGUCCUCACAAGAAAAAUGGUUUUGAUGAACGGCGAGCAAGAGUUGGUGAUGACAAUACCAUUGACGGAGCCAUUGCCGGCUCAGUAUUUCGUGAGAGCAACCAGUGAUCGAUGGUUAGGCUGCGAGACGACGUUACCGCUGACUUUUCACAAUCUCAUACUGCCGGAGCUACAUCCGCCCCACACAGAUCUUUUGGAACUUCAGCCGUUACCGGUGAAUGCUCUGAAAGAUUCGAGAUUCGAGAAACUGUACAAAUUUUCGCACUUCAAUCCGAUACAAACACAGAUUUUUCAUUGCCUCUAUCACACUGAUUGCAACGUCUUGCUCGGAGCACCGACAGGCUCGGGAAAAACAAUAGCCGCCGAGAUUGCGAUGUUCCGAGUAUUCAAACAGUAUCCCGAUCAAAAAGUCGUUUAUAUAGCACCAUUGAAGGCUUUGGUGCGUGAGCGUAUGAGCGAUUGGAAAAUAAGAAUCGAAGAACGUCUUGGAAAGACAGUGGUCGAGUUGACCGGUGACGUCACUCCGGACAUGCGAGCGGUCGAGAAAUCGAGCGUGAUUGUCACAACUCCUGAGAAGUGGGACGGCAUCAGCAGAAGUUGGCAAACUCGUAAUUACGUUAAAAAAGUAGCUCUCAUUAUAAUUGACGAGAUUCAUCUGCUCGGUGAAGAUCGAGGACCCGUUCUCGAAGUAAUCGUUUCACGUACAAAUUUCAUCGCCUCUCAUACGAAAAAGUCUCUGAGGAUCGUUGGUCUCUCGACCGCUUUGGCCAACGCCGCCGAUCUCGCUGAUUGGCUCGGUAUUAAAAAAAUGGGACUUUACAAUUUCCGACCUUCCGUACGUCCCGUACCACUGGAAGUUCACGUCAGUGGUUUCCCUGGAAAACAUUAUUGUCCACGUAUGGCUACCAUGAAUCGACCCACUUUUCAAGCUAUCCGACAACACGCGCCUGACAGCCCUUCCCUCGUCUUCGUUUCCUCUCGACGACAAACUCGUCUUACCGCCAUUGAUCUCAUUGCUUAUCUCGGCGCUGAAGAUCAACCUAAACAGUGGCUACACAUGCCCGAAGAGGAGAUGUACGAUUUGGUCGAAAAUAUCAAAGACACCAAUCUCAAACUUACACUCGCUUUUGGUAUUGGUAUUCAUCAUGCUGGUUUACAAGAAAGAGAUCGUCGCACUGUCGAAGAAUUAUUCGUCAACAAUAAAAUACAGGUUCUCAUAGCAACGUCCACGCUCGCAUGGGGCGUCAAUUUUCCUGCUCAUUUGGUAGUGAUAAAAGGAACAGAAUAUUACGACGGAAAAACAAAACGUUACGUCGACAUGCCGAUCACCGAUGUGCUUCAAAUGAUGGGCCGUGCCGGCCGUCCGCAAUAUGACAACUCCGGUGUUGCAGUCGUCCUUGUUCACGAUAUAAAGAAAAAUUUCUACAAGAAAUUCCUCUACGAUCCGUUUCCCGUUGAAUCUAGUUUGCUUCAAGUAUUGCCAGAUCACGUCAACGCAGAGAUCGUUGCUGGUACAAUUAAGACGAAACAAGAAUUCCUUGACUACAUGACGUGGACGUAUUUCUUCAGGCGAUUGAUGAAAAAUCCGCGCUAUUAUGAUCUCGAAAUUUUGGAGCCUUGCCGCAUUAACGAGUAUCUUUCGGAAUUGGUGGAAAAAACUCUCAAGGUUCUUGCAGACUCACAUUGUGUGGAAAUUGAUGAGCAAGAACAAACGAUUUAUCCGCUUUCCAUGGGAAGAAUAGCUUCGUUCUACUAUUUGUCACACUUGACGAUUGCCAAGUUUGACGCUGCGUUACAUGACAAUCUUACGAUUGAACAAUGUUUGAGGAUCAUGUGCGACGCUCACGAGUACGAUGAGAUACCAGUUCGUCACAACGAGGACCUCCUUAACGAGGAGUUGGCGAAGCGAUGUCGUUUCCAGGUCGAUCGAUUGUCGUACGAUUCGUCAAACACUAAAGCAUUCCUGCUGCUCCAAGCUCAUUUCUCACGUCUCACACUUCCGUGCGCUGAUUACAUUACCGAUUUGAAAUCUGUCCUCGAUCAAUCGAUAAGAAUAUUGCAAGCGAUGAUCGACGUUGUUGCGGAACGUGGCUGGCUCCCGAGUACUCUCAGAAUAAUGCAACUGUUGCAAAUGAUCAUUCAAGCACGCUGGAUCGAUGAAUCGCCAAUUGCCACAUUGCCUCACAUAAAAAAAGAACACCUUCAUUUGUUCUCAUCUUUGCCGAAAUGUUUUGCAGCAUUGUGCGCCAGUAUGAACAAUAAUUACAAAAAACUCGCAGAUGCAUUAUCCGAAGAAUUCACUUCGAGUGAAAUUAAGGAGAUUCAUCAAGUUAUGAAAUCCAUGCCGGCAAUUAACGUCGAAUUGUCCCUUUUAUCGACUUUGGACGAUUCGACCGAAAAAAAAGUGAUCAAUAUAACGUCCCAACGAGAAGUUUUUCUAGAUAUUCGAGCUAAUCAAGAUUACACUCUUGUAAUAAAUCUUCGACGUAAGAAUCGUUCGAGUAAUCUACGAGGGCAUUGUCCAAUGUUUCAACGUGGCAAGGAUGAGGGAUGGUUUUUGAUUCUGGGCGACACCGCUCAGGGAGAGUUGUGGGCAUUGAAGAGAACGGCGGGUGUCAAUAAUCAGACAAGAACAAGUCAAUUGGAAUUUACUUCACCUUCAUACCCAGGCCGAACGAAAGUGACGUUUUUCCUCAUGUCGGAUUGUUACAUCGGCUUCGACCAACAGUACGACAUUUAUCUCAAUGUGAUAACUUAACUCGGAUCGUACGCGACAGCCAAACGUUUUUACAAGCUAUAUUUUAUAAACUAUUAAACCACGAUCCAAAACAUUCUCUGCUGUAAAUACUGUUAACAGUAAAAAGAAAAUACAUUAAUAUAUUUGAUUUA